AUAACUUUGUGCAGCCACGUGAUUUAGUGACGUGAAAUGCACGUGGCAAAAAAUGCCAAUUACGACGUGAAUUUCACGUGGCUAAAGGUAAAAUAUAAUAAAAAAAUGGAAUGACAACUUUUCAGGUUGGGGGGAAAUGAAAAUAAUUAAAAUUUGGUAGUGACAUGCAGAUCACGUCGCUAUUUUAAAUUUAAAAUUCAAAUAAUGUUUUGUGAAAUGUAAUUCACGUCGCAACUAGUGACGUGCUGAUCACGUGGGUACAUGUGGUGUAAUUUAAUUUCCGAAAUGACAAUCACGUCGCAAAUAGCGACGUGACAAGCAUGUGGGUACUGGGUUCAGAGAGACGUUAUAGAUGACCGUUGAAUGUUUUGUGGCGUGUAAAUCACGUCGCAAAUAGCGACGUGUUUACCACGUGGGAACCUUUCCUUUAACUUCCCUCUUCUCUCCCUCUUCCCUUCACCGUUUCAUUCUUCUUCGUUUCCUCUUCAAGCUUCCACCAGACCCAUUUUCCCUUCAAGUUCCUUCAACCCAUUUCUCUCCUUCAAGCUUCAGAUCCAUUUUGAAAUUGGAAAUUUAAAGGUAAAUACUUUUAUUAUUUCAACUUAAACCCAUUUCUGUUUAAUAUAUAUGAAUUUUAUUUUAAUUAUUGUAUUUUUUUUUAAGAAAUAGCUAAGAGUGAAUUAUUCAUUCAAGAAUUUGGAGCAAACAGAUUCAAAGUCUUCAUCCAGUAUGGAAUAUUUUCAUUACUAUCGUAGUUGGAUGUACGAUAGAACGUAUCCAGGAAGACGUGGACUUAAACCGAACUUUGAGGAAGGAGUUAAAGGGUUUAUCACAUGGGCUUUCGCUCAAGAAUGUUGUCUAAGCGAAGGAGGAGUAAGAUGUCCUUGUCUAAAAUGUGAAUGUAGACCUAUAAUUAGUGACCCGGAGGAAGUAGAACGUCAUUUGAAGAGAAGGGGUUUCAUUAAAAAUUACUGGGUUUGGACAUAUAAUGGAGAACAGUUGCCGAGUAAUGUACAAAGGACUACGACUACACAUGCUUCUAGCAGUCGAUCACAUAUGGAACACCGGGAAGAAUUUAGUUUGAUCAGUGACAUGGUUGGCGAUGCUUUUGGGGUUAACGUGACCUAUGAUGAACCUCAAGACUUCGAUCAGGAAGAGUUGCCGAAUGAGGAAGCUCAAAAAUUUUAUCAAUUGUUGCAAGAAAUGAAUACGCCGUUGUUUGAAGGGUCGUCAGACUCAAAAUUAUCGAUGUGUGUGAGAUUAUUGGCCGCCAAGUCCAAUUGGAAUGUUCCUGACCAGUGUUUGGAAUUCUUUGCAAAAAUGAUGUUGGACGCAACUCCUACGAAAGACAACCUUCCCACAAGUUUUUAUGAUGCAAAGAGGUUGGUGUCGAAAUUGGGUUUAGAGGUAAGAAAGAUUGACUGUUGCACUAAUGGUUGCAUGUUGUUUUACGAUAAUGAGUUUGGUACUAAUGAUGGAUCGUUGGAGGAAUGUAAGUUUUGUAAGAGUCCGAGAUACAAAGUUCGCAGUAAAGCCAUUAACCGUAAGCAAAAACAUGUGGCAGUGAAGUCCAUGUUUUAUCUGCCGAUCAUACCAAGGUUAAAAAGAAUGUUUGCUUCAAUGCAUAGUGCAAGUCAAAUGACAUGGCAUCAUACAAACCAAACAAGUUCGGGCACAAUGCGACAUCCAUCUGAUGGUGCGGCAUGGAAGCACUUCGAUAUGAUACAUCCUGAUUUUGCAGCAGAACCUAGAAAUGUCAGACUUGGACUAUGCUCUGAUGGUUUUACUCCAUAUGUCCAAGCGUCUGGAAGUGGAUAUUCUUGUUGGCCAGUUAUUGUUACCCCUUACAACCUCCCUCCUGAGAUGUGCAUGACAAAACCAUACAUGUUUUUGACUUGCCUCAUUCCAGGUCCAAAGAGUCCAAAAGCUGGAAUAGAUGUGUAUUUACAACCUUUAAUUGAUGAUUUGAAGAGGUUAUGGAUUGGAGAAUGGACUUAUGAUAUAUCUUGCAAACAAAACUUUACUAUGCGAGCAGCCUUGAUGUGGACUAUAAACGACUUUCCCGCAUAUGGCAUGUUGUCCGGUUGGGGGACACAUGGAAAAAUGGGAUGCCCGCAUUGCAUGGAACACUCUCAUGCGUUCACGUUGGAAAAAGGGGGGAAAAGUUCGUGGUUUGACUGUCACCGCAGAUUCCUACCGAAAGAUCAUGUCUUUCGAAGAAAUAAGAAUGACUUCAAAAAAGGCAUAAGAGUAACAGACUUGCCUCCCCCUCGUUUCUCACCCGGUGAAGUAUGGAACCGAGUUAGUGAACUGCCAAAAUUCACAGAUUAUGGUAAAGCUUGCAGAAUUGAAGGAUAUGGGGAUACACAUAACUGGACAAAAAGAAGUAUUUUUUGGGAUCUCCCGUAUUGGAAAGAUAAUUUGUUGCGACAUAAUCUUGAUGUUAUGCAUAUUGAGAAGAAUUUUUUUGAUAACGUGUUUAACACAGUGAUGGAUGUUCAAGGUAAAACAAAGGAUAAUGAGAAGGCUAGAAAGGACAUGGAGAUUUUGUGUAAUCGAAAGGAGUUGGAGUUGAAGGUUAAACCGAAUGGGAAGUUACUAAAACCCAAGGCUAAUUACAGUCUAACUUCCGAAGAAGCUAAAGCGAUUUGUCGAUGGUUAAACGAAUUGAGAAUGCCUGAUGGUUAUGCGUCAAAUUUAGCAAGGUGUGCUGACUCUAGCACCGGAAAGUUGCAUGGAAUGAAAAGCCAUGAUUGCCAUGUUUUCAUGGAACGAUUGCUUCCAAUUGCGUUCUCUUCACUACCUAAACAUGUGCUUAAUCCACUCACUGAAAUUAGUCAAUUUUUUAGAGAUGAUUGCCAUGAUUGCCAUGUUGCCAUGAAAAGCCAUGAUUGCCAUGUUGACAGAAAAUGA